AUGGCCUCCAACGGCGGCGGCGGCGGGGGGCUCCGCCACAGCAACAGCAGCCGCCUAUCGCGGAUGUCCUACUCCGGCAGCGGGGGCGACGACACCCGCGUGCAGGCGGCCGUCCCCGGCGACCGUCCCAUGGUCACCUUCGCCCGCCGCACGCACUCGGGCCGCUACCUGAGCUACUCCCGCGAUGACCUCGACAGCGACCUCGGCAUCGGCGGCGACAUGUCGCCCGACCGCAAGGAGGAGCAGCAGCAUCAGUACGCGAGCUACCACCGUCACAUGCGCGCACCUCAUGGACAAGGCCAUCGACUCGGAGGCCUCCCACCCGCAGAUGGCAGGAGCCACGGCAAGAACGGCGGCUCUGUCAAGGCGCUGGCAGCCGCGGGCGGGCGGGUCUUCUCCGCGCACCAGGACGGCCGCGUCCGCGUCUGGCGCGUCUCCCGCCGCUCCCGCUCCGAGAACGCCUUCAAGCUCGUCGCCGCGCUGCCCACCGCCAGGGACUACUUGGGCCGAGUGUUCCGCCAGGCCAACUACGUGCAGACGAUGGCGCGGCGCAGCCACCGUUGCCUCUGGAUCAAGCACGCCGACAGCAUCUCCUGCCUCGCCGUUGCCGCCACGGUGCACAACACCGCGCUGCUCUACUCGGGUUCCUGGGACCGCACGCUCAAGGACUGGCGCAUCGCUGACCUCAAGUGCCUCGAGUACAUCCGCGCCCACGACGACGCCGUCAACGCCGUGGCCGCCGGCGCCGGCGUCGUCUACUCCGGCUCCGCCAACCGCCGCGUCAAGGCGUGGGAGAAGGGCAAGGCGUCGCAUUUCCUCCAGGGCGUCCUCGUCGCCCGCGAUGGCGUGUCCUGGGAUCUUCUGAAUGUGAUGCAUUUGAAUGUUAAUGUUUCUUUUGUAGUUAGAUAUGACGCAAUAGAAAAUCAACUCACAGCUGACAUCUCUCAUCUGAUGAAAAUUCUUAGGCGAAGGUAUUACCUUGUGGAGAAGGCAAAGGAUGCAAACAUUAUUGGCAUUUUGGUGGGAACUCUGGGUGUUGCUGGUUGUCUUCAUAUAAUCGAACAAAUGAAAGAACUCAUCAAGGCCGCAGGAAAGAAAUCUUAUACAUUGGUCAUGGGCAGGCCUAAUUCUGCAAAACUUGUGAAUUUUCCAGAGUGCGAAGUCUUUAUUUAUGUUUCUUGUGCCCAAACCGCUCUGCUGGAUAGCAAGGAUUUUUUAGCUCUAGUUAUUACACCUUUUGAAGCUGUACUAGCUUUUGGCAGGGGAAGAGAGUGGACUGGAGAAUAUCUUUUGGAUUUCAAGGAUUUGAUCACUUUAGAGAAACAUGGUCCACCAACAGUGGACACCAUGGACAUAUUACGGUUUCAUGCAGUUUAUUGGCCAGCCAUGUUAAUGUCAGCAGGUUUAAGUGUUCCUGAUACAGUUUUCUGUCAUGGAUUCUUGACAAAGGAUGGCAUGAAGAUGGGUAAGUCAUUAGGCAACAUGCUUGAACCAAAAGAUCUGGUAGAAAGAUUUGGCGCUGAUGCUGUUAGGUACUUCUUCUUGCGGGAAGUAGAAUUCGGCAAUGAUGGGGACUAUUUAGAAGAACGCUUUAUCAAUAUAGUCAAUGCUCAUCUUGCUAAUACAAUUGGCAUUUCUACUUAG